AUGCGGAUCCCAUCACUACCUUCCACUGGUUAUCUUCAUUAACUUCAAUGGAUAUUUCGUGUCCCUCACGCACUGCACCCGGACAGCUAUGAGUGUCGCACUGUCUUUGACAGAGAUAAACUGCUGUCCACAAGUCUCCGGAGAGAAGAGGCCCGGUGGUGUAUAAGUGCAGUUAGCCAAUAGCCUCUGUCCAUACAUUAGUUCUGCUGUAUCGAUCUGUGCCUCUUGUCUCCUAUAACCUCGGCCCGAUGCCUUGAGAUCAAGUGCGGAAAAGACUUGCUGUGAAUUGACAAUAGUUCUGGUCACAGCUGUGGGCUGAAUGUUUGGCUGAGGCUAAAAAGGGUCCUCUCUGAAGCAGUGUCUGUGAUGAGCCACCAUGGUAUAUCUGAACAUAGAUCUCAUUGCUAAAUCUAGAAACCACUUCAAAAAGAAAAGGGGCCUCUCCUUCUCAGAGUACCUUAAGACACUUACCCACCUCCAUUUUUCCAGCAAGAAUAUUGAAGCUAUUGGUGAUCUCUCCAUGUGCAGAAACCUCACUGUUCUUUACCUGUAUGAAAAUCAGAUCACACACAUUUGCAACCUUGGCUUUGCCUCCAACCUCACCCAUCUGUAUAUGCAAAACAACAACAUUGCUCAUAUAGACAAUCUCUCUAAUCUUCAGAUGCUCUCCAAACUGUAUCUUGGUGGAAACAGGAUUGCAGUGGUGGAGGGCUUAGAGCAGCUCAGUGAGCUUAGUGAGCUUCAUCUUGAGAAUCAGGAGCUGGCACCAGGGGAAAAGUUGCUCUUUGACCCCAGGACUCUCCUCUCACUCGCUAAAUCUCUUUGUGUGCUGAAUAUCAGUAACAAUAACAUUGAUGAUAUCAGGGACUUGGCAGUGCUGAAGGAACUCCAGCAUUUUUCUGCAGCUGACAAUAAAUUGCACAAUAUGGAGGAGUUAGAGGAUGUGUUCAGCCUCUGGCCCCAGCUGCUUCAAAUGGAUUUGAAUGGAAAUCCUGUCUGUAAAAAAACAAAGUACAGAGACCGCCUGAUUACUGCAUGCAAAACCCUUGAGGUUCUUGAUGGAAGGGAAAUUAAUGAGUUAACCAGACAGUUCCUUAUUAACUGGAAAGCCUCCAAAGAGGCCAAGAAGAAAAAAAAAAACACACACACGCUGUCUGGACCGUUGAUCCCCUAUCCCUUAAGAAAUGACUUUAACAUAGGACAGGGUCCACAUCCUGGUCACACCUACAGCCAUGCUGGCAUGCAGAAGUGGAAGCCGCAGCAGUCUCCCAGGGCACGAAAAUUAAAGAUUCCUAUGAGUGGGCUUCUCAAUCGUGUGGCUGUCUCCUUAGCCAUCUGCAGUCAUGUGGAUGCUUGAGACAAACCUACCAGCCCGAUGAACUGUCCACCCACAGCCCAGGGCUCAAUGCUACUACUUAUUAGUUAUUUUUACCUAUUUACACCUUGGUCAUAACAGCUGUAGAUCUUUUAUCCUUGUAUAUUAAGCAAGUCAGAGAACAGUCACUGUCAUCUGGUUAUUGUGAUCUCUAUAGCUCUUUAGAGUCACUGCAAUAUCCAUCACCUAUUGUAUUAUAUAGACUGCUUUACCUGGUUUCAAAAAAUAACAUCUUUGUUGAUACCUGUUCAAAUCGUUUGAUUUUAUCUUUGUUAUAAAUCUGCAUUGGUUUAU